AUGUCGCCGCAAUACUUCUUCGAGCGAGACAGACGAGGAAGAGAGCGUGUUGUGAGGGAGGAUUUUCGAUCAAGAAGCAGAACAUUUGGUUCACCACACCGUCGUGACGACUUAUCUGAAGCACAAGAACGGAUCUCGGUUCUAGAGAGUGAGCUUGCAACUUGUCUGGACCGGCUUUCUCGGGCGGAAGCAAGAGUUUAUGAAAUGAACGGCAACAACCAGGACAUUAGGAGAAUCCAAGGCCAAAUUCGAGACUUGCAGAAUGAACGCCACGAACUUCUUGGAGAGAUUGAUGAUUUAAAGCGCGAUCUCAGAAGGGAAGAACGCAAAUACGACGAUUUAAAGGACAAAUACAAAAUGCUCAAGCGGGAUCGGUCCCAACAUGAUCAGAUAGCAGACGGAUACAAAUACCGUUACGAACAGAAGCGCGACGAAGUCGAGUCACUCAGACAAAGUUUGAGGGAGAGAGAUGAAGAGAUAUACUACCACCAGGAGAGACUCGCCGCUAAAGAUCGAACUAUACAAAAGAAGGAUACCUUCAUCGCUUACCUGGUCAAAUUUUUGAGAAAUACAGGUUAUCAUAUUGUAGACGGAAGAAUCAGAUGAGAGGAUAGAUGAAAACUUCGAGGUACAAGGAACAAAUUACAUCUUUUCUGGCCCCAAACACCAAAAAUAUACUCCUCUUUCACCAUAUCCAAUGAAAUGGACUUCGGGACGGAUCGCACUCGAUUCUGGAACUCCCGAGACGCCGAGAUCAGCGCUUUCCUACCUUUGUUCAUUGGUAGUCGGAUUUUUCGUGCCGUCGCAUGUCGCGGAUGCUUAA